AACUUUGAUAAAUUGUGACAACCUUGUUGAGUUCACAGUCCCCCAUCUCAAUUAUCUAGAAAAGGUUCAUGUCAAUAGUAGCAAAAAAAUUAAAAAACUUGAAGUAAAAGCUCAAAAUCUCCUCGAGUUUCACUUGUGUUGUCCAACCUUUACCAAACUUGAUUUGUUCGCGUCUACUAAACUACAAGUCCUCCAUAUAGAUUCUAUAAAUGUUCCCGACUCGUUUCCUCGUGAUUUUUUCUCAACAUUCCCAUUUCUAAAAUCCUUAAUGUCUUAUAUUAUGUGGAGGAUUGAAAAAAAUCAAGAUUGUGAGUCCUCAAUUGGAGUGUUUGACAUUGAAUAACACCACUGACUUGCGCGAAGCAUUUAUAGCUACUCCUAAUUUUCAAUUGUUCAACGUUCUAUAUAGCUUUAACUUCCAAACUCCGCAUCCCAUGAUGGGAUCAAGGCAAAUGGAAAUUGAGAUGGAUGCUUGUGCAACCAAUAAAUUGCUUGAGUUGAGAACUUUCGCUGAAAAUUUGGGUGAAAAUUUCACGUUGUCCUUAGAAACUAACACAGCUCGAGCAAAGGAAGAAGUAACAUUUCAAAGCAGCCUUCAACCACUUUGUAUCAAGCGCAUAAAUUUGGUGAUACAAUAUUCAUUCAAACCGAGAUAUGAAUCAUUUCUUGCUGAAUUUUUUGCUUACUUCCAUCCGCGGAGCUUGGUGGUGACAGUGAAUUCAGAUGCCCGAAAACAUGACUUUAUACGGGUCCUAAUGAAUGAGCUGGAAGGUUGGAACAAAGACGGUACCAAACGCCACAAACGUAGUGAGUACAUGUCUUGGCACAAAGCAUUGAAAAGCUUUACGAUCCUUUUGGAUCAACUGCAUUUGCACUACAUGAAAGGGAAUCCCGAUGUGUUAAUCCCACACUAUGUGCAGGGUUAGGGGAAGGGUCGAGCCAGAAGGGGCUAUUACUAGACUUACCCAACAUUUCUACCAUUACAAGACAUGAAAGGGAAGCCCGAUGUGAUAAUCCCACACUAUGUGCAGGGUUAGGGGAAGGGUCGAGCCAGAAGAGGCUAUUACUAGACUUACCCAACAUUUCUACAAUUACAAGACAAGAAAGGGAAGCCCGAUGUGAUAAUCCCACACUAUGUGCAGGGUUAGGGGAAGGGUCGAGUCAGAAGGGGCUAUUACUAGACUUACCCAACAUUUCUACAUUUACAAUACAAGAAAGGGAAGCUCGGCACGAUAAGCUCCUGAUCUGUGCAGGGUCUGAGGAAGGAAGGGAACAAUAGUGCUUAUUUUCCAUAGUCUUACCCAGCCUUUCUACAGUUACAAGAGAAGGUGCUCAUCAGAUUAAAUUGGAGUUUGAGUGGCAUAACUGAAUGGGAAUCGCAAUUAUGCAAGACUAGUUCUAUGUUGGUGCCGUACAAUAUUGGUGUCCAACUUAUAAACGGAGCCAAAUUUAUUAGUUUUUUUUUAAUGUAUUGUACUUUAGUAUGGCAAUAUUUGUUAUGAAAUUAAUCAUCCCUAUUGUAUUUUUGUAAAAUUUAUCGAUGUUUCAUCGGAUCUGUAUGAUUUAGUCCUCCUUGAAUAUUUGAUCCAUGAAAGUGGUUUUUUUCCUUACUAUAUAUGUGAAA